UAACUCGAGAUGUCAACACAGAGAGUAACUUCAAGCCGCGUUUAACAAGAGAGAACCCAGCCAUUAUGAUGGAGCUGGUCAUUGAAGUUCUGCUGGCAAAUCUCGUACGUGUAUUCUGUGUUGGAGCGACGUAUUUCGAGACAAGGGACAACGUCACGUUUCAACAGAGGUCUAAGCCGGGUGUCAUCGGAACACACAGAUACAAAAUGCCGUAUACCGGAGAAAUACUUUAUCCAAUUCAUAAUGGCAAAGAAAUCAUCAUUGAAGGAGCCGUUCCCAUAAAAGCAACGAGGUUCGCGUUCGAGUUGUGCCCGUCACGUGAUUGUAUGUAUGAGUCUGAACUCCACGUCAACGUCAGGUUCCAAACACAUAACAUCGUCAUCAACAACAAGAGGUUCGGUGUCUGGGGCAGAGAAUGCACGUCGAUACUCAGACUCGUUCGUGGUAGAGAUAUGGUCAUCAGGAUCGUCAUAGAUCCCGACAAGUAUGGGGUUUAUUUCAACAAAACACUUUACGUUGCAUACAAAGGAAAAACAAGGUUGGACAAAUUAAAAUACAUUCGGGUAUAUCGCGACAUCAUAGUACACUGGAUUUUGUAUUCUUUGCUAACACCACCACAGAUGAUAUCGUUUACUCGAUCACAUUGGCACAAGUUCAUUUUCUACGCCGCCCCAGUACAUUCAACUAAAAGGUAA